GGAAGAAAAAGAGCUGACGGUCUUCAUAGUUCUUCCCGAAUGGAUGCUUGGUGGUGAUAAAGAGAGGAAAUGCGAGUGUGGAGAGGAAAACUGUACUUGCACUAAAGACAAAGAUGAGAAGAACGACAAACCUGCAAGUGCAGAUACAGGGAAGAACGAGAAGACGGCGGUGGCGGAAACUCCAGUUGCGGCGAAAGGAGAGCAGGCGACUUUGACACAGCGAAAAGCUGCACCGCCAGCACCACCAGCGCCUGCAGCGAAGUAGAGAUAGAUGGUUUUUGCUUUGGUUUCAGUACCGAAAUAUUUGCCUGCAAUGCGCUGUAGAUAUAGCGAUGUAAUGCUUAAUGAAAUUGUAUACCCC